AGGCGGCUCCGUGAGUGCUGCCUUUUGAGCACGACCAUGCAUGCAGGGCAGCCCAGUACAAUCAAGUCUUUGCUCAAAAUCCAGGCACCGUAAAGUCAGCCAUUCAGAAAAAAAUCCGUUUUUCAGAUCAUUCCGCACAGACUCCUGCCUAUUUUCUCCUCGGACUCAGCCUGCAAAAUACAUCGAUGACAAAGCAGUGGACGCAAUCGUCUCAGUGGUAGGCGGCACGUGAAUUCAACAUAUUUUAGUGGAGAAAAUAAUUGAACGCGAUUUCCUUCUGAGGGUCCAGAGUUGAAAGUCGCAGCCCUCCUUAGAUCUGUCUCCUCAAGAUCUAUCCCCUGGAAGUUGAAAAUGGACCUUCAAAAAUGCUAGAUUUACAAUGAGAAAUGUCAUAAUUCAAUGUUUAUUCUACGCAUCCUUGACAUUUGGGAUCCGGACAGCUCUGUUAUCUAUAUAUUUUCACCGUAACCAUGUGAGCAACCAGCAGAGAAAAGUCCAAAAGCCGCCUUCAGUUUGGUCCCUUGAAAAAAAAUUGCACCGGGAAAUUAACCAUGGCCCACAGCGGAUGCCAAGACCACCUGUAAGAGUUGAACUGCCUGAGAGAGAGGAAAUUGAAGAAGAGAGGCCAUUUUUAAAAUUAGAUAAGAAUGUUAACUAUUCAGACACAGAAGUUCUUCGGAAAUUUUCAAGAUAUGGAUUUAAUGCCAUGAUCAGUCAAAGGUUGGGCAACGAGAGAGAGGUGCCAGACACUAGGAACAAAAUGUGUCUUCAAAAACAUUACCCAACCAGGCUACCUUCUGCCAGCAUUGUCAUUUGCUUCCACAAUGAAGAAUUUAAUGCCUUGUUACGGACAGUGUCCAGUGUCAUGAAACUCACUCCAUACCGUGUCCUUGAAGAAAUUAUUUUGGUAGACGACAUGAGCGAAUUUGAUGAUUUGAAAGAAAAACUAGACCAUCACCUGGAAUUUUUUCGGGGAAAGAUAAAAUUAAUAAGAAACAAAAAGAAAGAGGGACUGAUUCGAGCAAGGCUAAUUGGAGCCUCUCUUGCUUCAGGGGAUGUUCUGGUGUUCCUGGAUAGCCACUGCGAGGUGAAUAAAGUGUGGCUGGAACCCUUGUUGCUCGCCAUUGCCAAAGACCCCAAAAUGGUAGUAUGUCCUCUGAUAGAUGUCAUUGAUUACAUGACACUGAAAUACAAGCCCUCUCCUGUUGUAAGGGGAGCUUUCAACUGGCAUCUACAAUUUAAAUGGGAUAAUGUUUUCUCUUAUGAGAUGGACGGACCGGAAGGACCCAUUGCACCCAUCCGGUCACCUGCAAUGGCUGGAGGAAUUUUUGCUAUAGAUAGGCAGUAUUUUAAUGAGAUUGGACGGUACGACAAGGACAUGAAUCUCUGGGGAGGAGAAAAUUUGGAACUUUCGCUGAGGAUCUGGAUGUGUGGAGGCCAGCUCUUUGUACUCCCCUGCUCUCGAGUGGGACAUAUUGAUAAGCAACGCAUUGAAAAUAAACGGGAAUAUUUAAAAGCCAUGACAUAUAACAAUCUCAGAAUGGUGCAUGUUUGGCUGGAUGAACACAAGGAGCAGGUUUUUUUACGAAGACCUGGUCUGAAAUCUGUUGCCUAUGGAAACAUUAGUGAACGUGUAGAAUUAAGGAAACGACUGGGUUGCAAGUCAUUUCAGUGGUAUUUGGACAACAUCUUCCCAGAAUUGGAGGAAUCUAGGGACCACCGAUAAAAGGAGAACAAAUCAUUUUCAUUAAUGAAGGGUUAAAAAGCCCCUAGUCCCUCAACAUAAAGAAGAAUGCAAGUUUGCAACUUCAUGAAAUUAUGUGAAAUGCAAUAAGAAAUACAACCAGAGCAGUCUACAACAGGA